AUGCAGUCUCACCUCACCCGACGAGUGUUCAGGGCAAUCCUCGACAGCGAACCGCUCUGUUUCUCCCAAUGCCAUCGCAAUCGACUGCUGCAUACGAUAUCCCCUGCCCGAGUACGGCCCUCCUUUCCUAGUCUCCACCAUGUGUCACGACGCAGCCUCUUCGCCUUCAACAUAACCCCGACAAACGAGGGAAAGCCGUCAACAUUACCGUCCGAGAAAGGUCUGAAGCCUAUGGCUGACCUGAUGAGGUCGCUGGCAGACAAGAGCAGGGCCCCUCCAAACCAUACUCUUGCCAAGGCAUUCCAAGUUUUCUUUUCGACGCGUGUCGAAACGCCCAGUGUCAUCAAUGGCUUCCAAGCGCGACUCUUGAUCGUCACAUGGAAGCAUCUCAAGGCCGAGCAAAACGAGAUGGACGAAGUGGAUUGGUACAAUGUUUUCUCCACGGAAAACUUGGAAAAGAUGCUUUACGUGCUCUCAGAAUCGCAAUGCCUCCCCGCAUCCCGCGAUGCCAUCCAGAAGAUCGCGCGCUUUGCCUUCCUCGAGCUCUGCGCGGACCAUGGUUUUGGCCCCAAUAAGAUCGGUCGACAGGCACUUCUUCUCUACAUCAAUCUCCUGUCGAUGAAUGGCAACCCCGAAGAGGCCCGUCAUGUCGUGUUGAAGUUUUGGAGUCAGUUGCGCAAGGUCAAGCCGUCGCCCUGGCUCACGGUCCUGAAAGGGUUUGCUCUCAAAGAUGACCGAAGACAACUACGAAAAAUCACCGAGGAAUUUGAGACGCAUGGCAACAAGUUCGAUCAAGCAUCUCAUGAAGAGUUGCUCAAGAUCCUUCUCGAGCAGAACUUGUUUGCGGCGGCACAGACCGUCUACGAAUUUCCGAUCUCUGAAAACUCCCAGCCAUCGGUGGCUGCCAAGGAAGCCAUGAUCAAAUCCGCUGUCCUAAAGUCCGAACUUGACUGGGCGAAACCCAUUGUCGCCUCCCUCCCGCAAGAUUCUACAGCGAAGACACUGGACAUCUCUUUGCUUUGGGAAGCGGCACAGGGCAACAAUGCAUCUGCCCUGGCAGAAAAAACGGAUUCAUGGAUUGUUGCGCAUCCGAAUUUCAAGGAGCAACUGAGCAUUGCCACCGUGAACAAUCUGCUUCAAUAUGCCAAUGCCAUUGAGAAUCCUCAACUGGUCGCUGAUUUUGCAAAGCUGGCCGAUCGUUGGGAUCUUAAGCCGAACAGCCAAACCUACUUGUUGCAGUUGGAAUCUUACGUCCAAGCGGGGGAUGUCGAACAGACGCUGGAUAUUCUGGAGGAGCGGAUCGACCCCAACACCCUGCCCAGCGAGAACCUGCCACUCGCCAACAAACUCGUCACGAUGCUUUGCCUGUCCAAGCAAAAAGAUACUCUUUUCCAGCACAUCUCGUCUCUUCUUGACCCACUUUUUGAGGAAAACGUGCGCCUGUACCCAGAGACUAUCGCGGCUUUGACACGAAUGCUCCUCUAUCGUCACGACUGGGAGGCUGUGUCAGAGCUACUUCGCCCGCGUUUGAGCACGUAUGAUGAUGAAGGAAAGACGCAAAUCCGCAAUGCGCUCGCAGACUUCAUCCUGGAUCUAACCCAGAGCGAUUCAGAUGUGUGGGGAAUGUACAACCUUUUGAAGGUGGCAUUUCCCGAGACGGGCGUCAGCGUGCGAACUGAAAUUAUGGCAACUUUUUUCAAGCGCAAGCGCAGUGAUCUGGGCGUUCUGGUGUUUGGGCACAUGCGCCAGGCGGAGGACCUGUCGCGCAGACCCAAGCCCGAUACAUACGCACGAUGUUUCCAGGGCCUUGCACGCACGCACGAUGAAAGUAAUCUAGAGCUCGUGCAUAACAUGCUCAAGCUUGACCUGGAGGUGGAUCUUAACACGCGAGUCUUGAACAGUCUGAUGCUGGCCUAUGCGGCUUGCGACAUGCCGGAGAAAAGCAUGACGGUGUUCCGGCAGAUUCUCCAGUCAGACGAGGGACCUUCACACAAAACUAUCGCCAUCUUCUUCCGAGCGUGCGAAAAGUACCACAACGGUGCGCAGGAAGCCAUGAAGAUGAUGGCCAAGGUGAAGAAGCUCGAGAUCCCUGUGGAUCGGCAACUCUAUACUGCCUAUAUCGAGGCCAUGGCGGCCCAGUGCGAAUUCGAGCUGGCGACCGAGGCUAUCGACCAGAUGCAGGCGGAGAUUGGGGCGGCUCCCACCCGCACGACCAUUGGGUUGUUCUAUAAUGCCAUCCCCUACCAAUACUGGAAGGACCAGGUGGAGGAGUGGGCGAGCAAGCAAUAUCCGGUACUGUGGGCGCAACUGGCCGAGACGCGGCGCAGCGAGCAUGAGGAAGGACAGAAGUUCGAUGGGAUUGUCAACGACGUGUGGAUCUAG